CUGUGAUGUCAACUAUAAUGCAUAUAUUACUUAUGCAGGUCUUUGGUGUUGUUAUUAAGAUAUCAGAUGGUAUUCUUGGCGUUACGUUGCUAGCUUGGGGCAAUAGCAUUCAAGAUUCUGUGACUAAUUUGACUAUGGCAAGAAGGGGUUUUCCAAGAAUGGCAAUCGGUGCCUGCUUUGGUGGUCCAUUACUGAAUUUACUAAUUGGAGUUGGAUUGGCAUCAGUAGUAAAAUUAUUAAAGAAGGAAAACUGGAAGCUGCAGAAUUGA